AUGCUCGUAGACACAGGGUCAUCGAUAAAUGUCAUUGAUGAAAAAGCAUACAACGCCAUGAAACCGAAGCCAAAAUUAAACAAAACGGAUACGAAAGUAUACGCAUAUGGUUCAAUUGAAGCUGUCAAAAUUAUGGGCCAGUUUCAAGCAAUGAUAGAAACCAAAGACAAGUUUACGACAGCCAUGAUAUACGUAACGAAAGGAAACAGUGGCAAUCUGUUAUCAUACUCUACAUCAGUGUCACUGCAAGUCGUUCCAGAAAUAUAUUCAAUGACAAGCAAAAGUGAAAUAUGCGAUAAAUUCCCGAAGGUAUUCACAGGAAUUGGGAAAUUGAAAGACACACAAAUUGAGUUAUUUGUAGACAAUACAGUUCAACCCGUUGUGCAACCACAUAGAAGAAUACCAUUUCACCUUCGAAAACAGGUGGAAAUUGAACUCAAAAGGCUCGAAGACAUGGAUAUAAUCGAAAAGGUAGAUGGACCAACAGACUGGGUAUCACCGAUUGUCGUAGCACCGAAACCGAAGAGCAAAAACAAUGAAAUACGGAUCUGUGUAGACAUGCGCCUUCCUAACGAAGCCAUUAAAAGGACUCGACACAUUAUACCGACAAUAGACGAUCUUAUUGUGGACUUAAAUGGUUCAAAAAUAUUCUCAAAAUUGGAUUUAAAUCAGGGAUACCAUCAACUUGAAAUCUCAAAGAAAUCACGCAACAUAACCACAUUCACUACACAUGUUGGUCUAAGACGAUACAAAAGACUAAACUUUGGAUUAACAUGUGCAUCAGAAGUUUUCCAAAAUGCAAUACGGACCUCACUUGAAGGUGUACAAAACAUCAGCGAUGACAUAAUCGUGCAUGGCAAUUCGCAGGAGCAACACGACAGUAGACUGGCAGCCGCACUACGACGUCUACAGGAAAAAGGCCUCACACUGAACAAACAGAAAUGUGAAUUCAACAAGAAAACGCUUGAAUUCUUCGGCUAUAUUUUCAGUGAAAACGGAUUUUCUGCUGACAAGAAAAAGUGUGAAAUAAUCAAAAACACACCUGCUCCACAAAACGCAUCAGAAGUACGAAGCUUCCUCGCAAUGACAAACUAUGUCUCCAGAUUCAUACCAAACUACUCCACAACGACAGAACCAUUGCGAAUGCUCGUGAAGAAAGAUGUCAAAUUCGUUUGGGAAGAAAGACAGCAAAAUGCUUUUGAUAAACUCAAAUCGGAUCUAAGCAGUGAAACUGUAGUGACAUAUUUCGAUCCAAAAUUGACAACACAAAUUGUUGCAGAUGCAAGCCCCGUUGGCAUAGCAGCAAUCAUGCUGCAAGGAGGGAAAGUAGUUAGCUAUGCAAGCAAAUCAUUAACAGAUACCGAGAAAAGGUACUCUCAGACCGAGAAAGAAAACUUAGCUAUCGUAUGGGCAAUUGAACACUGGCAUAUAUACCUCUUUGGACACAAAUUCACCGUCAUAACAGACGCAAAAGCGCUUGAACACAUAUACAAAAACCCGAAGUCCAAGCCGCCAGCCAGACUGGAACGGUGGCGAAUGAAAAUGCAAGCCUAUGAUUUUGAUGUCAUAUACAAGCCAGGUGAAUCAAACAUGUCAGACUACCUAACAACUGAUAAAAACUCCAGGGAACCACUUCAAAUGACUGAAAUGCCAAAACAGGCAUGGGAUUCAGUGAGCAUGGAUUUCUGUGGACCAUUUCCUGAUGGAAAAUAUCUUCUUGUUCUGAUUGAUGACUUUUCAAGAUUCCCAAUUGUUGAAAUAAUAACAUCUCUUAAUGCAAAAUCAGUUAUUGAGAAGCUUGACAAAAUAUUCUCAGAAUAUGGAAUACCUGAAGUACUGAGAACUGACAAUGAACCGCCGAUGAAUAGUGCAGACUUUCAAAACUUUUCAAAAGCAUUUGGUUUCAAACACAGAAAAAUAACCCCUAUCUGGCCUCAAGCAAACGGAGAAUGCGAGCGUUUCAUGAAAACAAUAGGAAAAGUAAUUCGUGCAGCAAAAACUCAAAAGGCAGAUUGGCGCACAGACAUGUAUGCAUUCGUACGCAACUAUAGAGCUACAAAACAUGCGACUACAAAAUACAGUCCAGCAGAACUAUUAUUUGGAAGACAGAUUAGAAUAAAAUUACCAUUUGCACCAUCGAAACCUUCAAAGGAAAAUGUGCAAGUCAAAGCUCGUGAAAAUGACGCAUAUCAAAAAGCUAAAAUGAAAUCGUACGCGGACGCAAAACGGCAUGCAAAGCCGGCAACAUUUAACGUUGGCGACUCUGUACUUGUCAAACAACACAAAACAAACAAGUUCUCCACACCUUUCGACAGUCAGCCAUAUAAAAUUACAAAGAUAAACGGUUCGAUGAUAACAGCGAAAAGAGGAGACAAGUCAAUCACCCGCAAUUCGUCCUUUUUCAAGCUGAUAAGGCUACAAGACUCCGACAGCGAGGACGACUUCGACGACUUCUACCGUCCUGGCACUGUACGUACGGACGAACAAGAGCCUUCACAACCGAGACGUUCAUUGCGAAAUCGAAACCCCCCAGAACGUUUCCAAGACUUUGUGCAAAAGUGA